AUGGGCCAAAAGCAAUCAAGUCAUGAGGAUGGUAAGAAAAGUGGGAAGGCGAAAAAGAGGGAAUUUGAGCCUCCUAUCCCCACCAGAAUGGGAAAGCACAAGAGGUCGAAAGGUCCCGACACAGCCAACAAGCUCCCACAGGUUACACCUCACACCAGAUGCAAACUCCGUCUGCUAAAACUUGAACGCAUUAAGGACUAUUUAUUGAUGGAAGAAGAGUUUAUUAAGAAUCAAGAACGUCUCAAAACAGAUGAGGAGAAGAAUGAAGAAGAGAGGUCAAAGGUUGACGAUCUUCGUGGAACUCCGAUGUCUGUUGGCACUCUUGAAGAGAUAAUUGAUGAUAAUCAUGUAAUAGUAUCCACCUCAGUCGGAAGCGAGCAUUAUGUUAGCAUCCUUUCUUUCGUUGACAAAGGGAUGCUUGAACCUGGUUGCUCGGUUCUUUUAAACCACAAAGUCCAUGCUGUUGUUGGCGUUCUCACAGACGAUACAGAUCCAAUGGUAACAGUGAUGAAACUUGAGAAAGCUCCCCAGGAAACCUACGCUGACAUUGGCGGUUUGGAUGCUCAAAUUCAAGAGAUUAAAGAAUCCGUUGAGCUUCCCUUAACCCACUCUGAGCUCUACGAAGAGAUGGGUAUAAAACCUCCUAAGGGUGUUAUCCUCUAUGGUCCUCCUGGAACAGGCAAAACUCUAUUGGCUAAAGCUGUUGCCAACCAAACUUCCGCUACCUUCCUUCGCGUCGUCGGUUCAGAAUUGAUCCAAAAAUAUCUCGGUGAUGGUCCGAAACUUGUUCGGGAGCUCUUUCGUUUGGCAGAAGAAAAUGCACCGAGUAUCGUCUUUAUAGAUGAGAUUGACGCGGUAGGCACAAAGCGGUAUGACUCGAAUUCGGGAGGCGAACGAGAAAUCCAGCGUACUAUGUUGGAACUGCUUAACCAAUUGGACGGUUUCGAUUCACGUGGGGAUGUUAAGGUCAUAAUGGCGACAAAUCGAAUUGAAACCCUCGAUCCUGCCCUCAUUAGACCGGGUAGAAUUGAUCGCAAGAUUGAGUUUCCCCUGCCGGACGAGAAGACGAAGAGACGUAUCUUUACCAUUCACACAAGCAGAAUGACCCUUGCUGAGGAUGUUAACCUGGAGAAUUAUGUCACCUCUAAAGAUGAGCUUUCUGGCGCGGACAUUAAGGCAAGUUUGGGGGCUAUGUGCACGGAAGCGGGAUUGUUGGCUCUGCGUGAACGUCGAAUGAAGGUAACAAAUGAAGAUUUCGAGAAGGCUAAGGAAAAUGUACUUUAUCGGAAGAGUGAGGGAACACCGGAAGGUCUUUAUUUGUAA